AUGGAAUCUCCAGUUUCCAACGAUAAGGGUGACCAUCUUUGUGUCCUUGUGCAUGGAUUAUGGGGAAACCCCUCUCAUCUCAAAUACCUCGCUUCGGCGUUGCGGGCUCGUUAUGAUAAAUCGAUAUUACAGAUACUUGUUGUGAAACGCAACGCUGGGACAUUCACCUAUGAUGGAAUCGAAACAGGUGGUGAGCGUGUGACCAGAGAGAUCGAAGAUGCGCUGGAGGAAUAUGCUCGGAACGGUAUCGAAAUUCGGAAGAUGAGUGUUGUCGGGUAUUCACUUGGAGGCCUCGUCGCAAGGUACGCCGUCGGAUUGUUAUACUCUAAAGGAUAUUUUGAAAAGAUUCAGCCUAUGAACUUUUGCACAUUCGCAACUCCGCAUCUAGGCGUGAGGACACCACUCCUUGGUUGGCACAAUCAUAUUUGGAAUGUCCUCGGGGCUCGCACUCUCUCUGCCUCAGGCCGCCAACUAUUUAUGAUCGAUAACUUCCGCAAUACCAACCGUCCAUUGCUUUCAGUCCUUUCUGAUAAGGAUUCAGUGUUUUACAAAGGCCUCUCAUUGUUCUCAAACAGGGUUCUCUAUGCCAAUGCUGUUAAUGAUCGUUCGGCAUGCUAUUACACAACUUUCAUAUCACGAAUUGACCCAUAUGCCAGCAUCUCAUCUCUUUCGAUCAACUAUGUCCCAGGUUACUCCCCAAUCGUUAUUGAUCCCAAUAACCCGUUUUCUCCGUCUACAAAGGAAGAUGAAAAGCUCCCCGUGAGUCAUCGAAUUACCAAGACUACUACAGGUGCUGUACGAAGGCUACCUAUGGUCCUCAUCUAUAGUCUUGUAAUUCCUAUCGGGGUAAUCGUGUUUCUUCUCAAUUCCGUUAUUCAAAACUUUUCAAGCAAAAGGAGAAUUAGGCUCCAUUCAAGUGAUGAAAGCUUGGAUUAUCACAGACUUCCGCUAUUGGUCGAGGAAAUGCAGGAAGCAGCAGAAGGGAUAAUUGAGGAUAUUCACCAUGAAAUGAGUCCGCAGCAUUUACCCGCUGGGUCUGAGGAGAGUGUAAAUAUUUCGCCGACUUCUACAACCUCCGAGAUGUCCAGGUCUGGAUGGACUUUGGCAGGCUCUAGCUCUGAUUUUCGUGAUGGAGGCCGAAAAAGCCAGGUUGACUCCGAUCCCGCCCUAGAGGACGUCCAAACAAUCUCUGCCCGUGAUAAAAAUGAGCUUGAUAACGAAAACAAUCCGGCUACAGCUUCAGUCGAAGAAAGAACUAGGGGGUAUGAGGAUGACCAGGCCGUGCAUGAGACAGAGCAACAUCUUCCGAAGGAGCAAAGCCAGAUGUCGUUUCCAACUCUCGCUCUUGCGUCGCACCAAUUUGAUAUUAUCUCUAGCUUGGACACAAUGGGGAUUAAAAAGUUUGCAGUGUACAUUCACAACGAUAGACAUUCACAUGCGGCCAUCAUUGUGAGAAGACCAUGGUCAAAGAGAUGGGAAGAAGGUAAAGUUGUUGUUGGGCACUGGCUGAACGAGGCAUUUAUUACCUAA